UCGAUUGUGGUGCCAUCGAGUAGAAUUAUUUCUCUUUAGAAUUGAUUAGGAAAAAAGUCAACUCAUUGCUGGAAAAUUUAAUUCACCGGAUUAAUAAAUUUAAUUUCUUUUCUUUGGAUUAAUUGUGAUUGAUUAUUUUUCUUAAUUAUGGCUGACAAAGGACCAACUUCAACAGUAAAACCUGCAGCCAGUGUCAAAGAAGCUGCUGGAAGUGAAGAGAUUGUUACUUGGCGUGCAAAAGAAUCAUUACCAAUCGAUAAGGUUGUUGUUCAUCCAUUGGUUUUACUCUCGGUGGUUGAUCAUUUUAAUCGAAUGGGCAAAAUUGGUAAUCAAAAGAGAGUCGUUGGUAUCCUUUUGGGCGCUAUGAAGGGUAAAGGUAUUCUCGAUGUGUCAAACAGUUUUGCAGUACCUUUUGAUGAAGAUGACAAGGAGAAAAAUGUCUGGUUCUUGGAUCAUGAUUAUCUAGAAAAUAUGUAUUCCAUGUUCAAAAAGGUAAACACUCGAGAACACAUUGUUGGUUGGUAUCACACUGGACCUAAAUUAAAUCCAAAUGACAUUGAGAUAAACGAUUUGAUCAGGAAAUAUUGUCCAAAUUCAGUUUUGGUUAUUGUCGAUGCUAAACCAAAGGAUCUUGGACUUCCAACCGAGGCUUAUUUUGCUGUUGAGGAGGUUCAUGAUGAUGGUACACCUACAAGUAAAACUUUUGAACAUGUUUCAAGUGAGAUAGGAGCAGAAGAGGCUGAAGAAGUGGGUGUCGAGCACCUUUUACGUGAUAUUAAAGACACCACAUUGGGUACAUUGUCUCAACGAGUUAACAAUCAGCUACUAGGAUUGAAAGGAUUAUACACUCAACUAAACAGUAUCAAACAAUACCUUGAAUUGGUUGUUGAGGAUAAACUACCUCGUAAUAAUGCAAUUAUUUACCUUUUACAAGACAUUUUCAACCUUUUACCUGAUACAAUGAGUGAGAACUUUGUCAAAUCUGUUUACGUAAAAACAAAUGAUCAAAUGUUGGUCGUUUAUUUAGCAUCUUUGGUUCGAUCGGUUAUCGCCUUACACAAUUUGAUCAACAAUAAAAUUACCAAUCGAGAUGCCGAGAAAAAGGAAGGUGCAAAGGAUAAUAAAAACGGAGAAAAACAUAAAACAGAAACAACUACAACUACAAAAGAAGAGGAUAAAUCAACUGAUACAAAGAAAAGUGGAUAGAUCAAAACCCAAAGCUCCCUGCUAAUUAUAUUAAAUUGAUGUUCUUUAUAAAAUUCUGAUAACAUCUCCUUCUUUUCUCAUUUUUUUGGUCAAUCGUAAAUAAAUUGGAUUACCAAUUAA